CUUGCUUCACAUGGAAACAAAUCUCGUGAUUACGAAAGGAUGCAUCUUGCCCGCAUAACCCCACACAAAUCUUCCUCUGUUCUUUUCUCCUCCUCCUCCUCCUUCCCCACAUGUUAUAUUAGAGAACGACAAUUUCAAUUCAAUGUUAUCUCACCAGCUAUGGGCAUCUCAGGCUCAGAGACCCCAUCACAAGCCUCACCACCAACACCGAAGCCAACAGCACCACCACCGCCAACAACGACAAAUUCGCCUCCUUCGAUUGAAGUGGAGACUGCAAACUGUGCUUCCUGUGGGUUCACAGAGGAAUGCACCCCUGCAUAUAUCCUCCGGAUUCGACAACGGUACCAAGGAAGAUGGCUCUGUGGGCUCUGCAUUCAGGCGGUGAAGGACGAGCUCUUGCGAUCGGACAGGCUCAUAUCCACCGAGGAGGCAUUGAAUAGGCACAUCAGCUUUUGCAAGAAGUUCAAGUCAUCCGAUCCCUUGAAGGAGACAGAGAACCCCAUCUCUGCCAUGGGGAAACUGAUCAGGCGCAGCUUGGAUUCGCCGAAGGCUAUCCGGACAAAAUCGAGCAGCGCUUUGCCAGGGAUCGAUGCAGUAACGGGCAUAACUACGCCGGUGCUUGCUCGGUCAGGGAGCUGCUUCUCUUCUAUAUCUAGUUGAAUGAGGAAUAAGUAUAUGUUCAUGGAGCAGAUGAACUAGGAGCAGAUAAAAUAUGUUUCUGGCAUGGGCAUCUGGGUUUUCUAUGCUUUUCCUUUUAUUCAAAUUACUGGAUGAUGAACUGGAUUUGGCUAUGCAGAUGACAAUUUUCUAUGUACAUAUGAUCCCGGAUCUGAUGUAUUAGUUAGGUAUGCUCAUGAAGUCACGUCGAUGAUUUUAUGUUGCUACAUACUUCUUGCUUGGAGAAUUCAUAGUCUAAGUCGAUAAAGAAAUCUUCUGCAAAA